ACAGAUGUCAUUUCACUAUCGCAAAUCGGUGUUUGGUAGCGUUGGACGUGUUUGUAAUUUUACAAAUUGAAAAUAAAUCUAUUUUUGUAAAAUCAUUAUCGCUGUAACGUCAUCGUCAAGUGGCUGAUUAGAUCUCGUUGAGCUCGCACGUAGUGCCGGUUAAUUUCGCGAAGUGAUUGCAGUGUCGGUGUCGGGGAAAAUAAAUCCGCGCCGUUUGUCGCCGAGUGAAAUUAGUGUAAUGUUUGUUAAUUAUUGUUGAAGUGGUGGUGAAUAUGGGGCAAAGUCCGAGCUCGGUGAGGAGUAGGAGCAGCCGGCGCUCGUUCCGGGGGUUCGCGCGGAGGAGUAAGCUGAACAAGAGCAAUCUGAGCCACACGUUCAGUCUCCCGCCGUCUGAGGAGUACCCCGAGCUGAUGAACAUCAACUCGGCCACGGAGGAGCAGCUGAUGACGCUGCCGGGCGUGGGGCGGCCGCUGGCGCGCGCCAUCGUGCAGCACCGCCAGCUCAUCGGCCGCUUCAAGCGCGUUGAUGACCUUGCCCUGGUCUCCGGUAUUGGGGCCGAAAAACUAGAACUGUUGAGGCCAGAAAUUUGCACGAAUGUGAAGAAGCCUUUAUCAAGGGCAUCAUCCUGUACGCAGUCCCUGGACAGUGUCCGUCUCCCCGCCGACAGCCGGCUGUGCUCCGUGAACUCGGCCAGCGUGUUCCAGCUGCAGUGCGUCCCUGGACUCAACCAGGAGCUGGCCGCCAACAUUGUUGACUACCGAGUCAAGAAGGGCCCGUUCAAAUCAUUAGAUGACUUAAUAAAAGUUAGAGGAAUUGACAUAGUGAGACUUAGUACUGUAAAGCAGCAUUUGAGCUUAGAAUCAAGGAAAUGUGAGAGUGUCCAGCAACUGUCCAAUGGCCAUGUGAAUGGCUGGACCUCCUUCAACGGAUCUCUAAACAACAACCACAUCAGCACACCAAAGAGUGUUCACAAGAAGAGCUUAUCGAUGCCUUCACGGCUUCCUGUGACCUUACCCAAUGGUUUUGCCACCGCACCUGUCAAUGACAUACUAGACUUGUUAUCUGCAUACUCACAUAGACCAAUAGUAAAGGAUGACUUCCACUAUGAGAGGGAUGGCGUGAGAUGUUGCCGCCUCGCGUCAUGGAAUCUUAGCCAGCUGACGGUAGAUAAGAUAAACAACCCAGGUGUUAGAGAAGUUAUCUGCAGGACAAUUUUGGAGAAUAAAUUAUCAAUAGUAGUGCUACAGGAUGUUGUGGAGGAGAUGGCACUGAGGGUGCUCUGUGAGGAGCUAAACUCGCCAUAUUUGAGGAGGGUCAGGGAGUGGAGGUGCAACAGCCAGAGCUGGGAAUACUGCAUGUCGAGUGAAGAUAACAGCAGCACACUCGGCUUCCUCUUCGAGUCUUCCAACAAGGCCGGUAUCUCAAUACAAGACCAGACGCUGGGGGUGUUGGCGGACCACGGCGGGGGUGAGGACGCGGGGGGCGAGGGGGGCGCGGGGCUGGUGGAGGCGCUGGCCGGGGUGCGCGAGUGCGAAGGAGUCGCUGUUCAAGCGUUCACCAUCAACCACGCGCCGCUCCUCAUCAUCAACGUGCACUGCUCGACCCUGGCUAGUGACGUCACGGAGCGGCUGCGCAGCGUCAGCACCCUGGCUGCGGGGACGCCGGUGGCCGUCAUGGGCGAUGUGGGGUCCGCGGAGAAUGCAAGUGAAUUUUCAUUCCUUCCAGCCCUCCAAAAAGACUUCCACUCUGUCCUACCCGACGACGUGCAAACCAACUUGGAUCCUAACACCGCGGGGCACGCUACAAUUCUCUGCGUCAAGGAAGCGGAAAAAUCCAACUUCAAUGGAAAAUCUGGCGUUAUUAAGACGGGGUUGAGCCACCUGGCUAUACCUCGAGGGUGGUCGUGGGGCGGGCCUGCCUCGCCCUUCUGUCCCGUUUGGGCCGAGUAUAAGGUGCCGGACUGACAGAAAGAGACAGGUAUAGUUCUCGGUGAUUCGUCGUCAAGUUUGGUCGCGGUACAAGGCGGUUAAGGAGGUUGUUUAAUGCGAUAGUUUGGGAGGUUUUUGGGCAUCGUUUGACCGGACUAAGGGUUUUGGGGAAGUAGUUGUUACUGGUGUGUUUGUACGACUGUGGUGAUUGUUUAGGGUGAGCAGUGCUAUGGGUGAAUGUAAAUGAAUUUGUGCGAUAUUACGCCACUAGCAAGCUCACCAUCAAUUUCACUUGUACGAAGUACAUAUUUGGAAUGAACAGAAAAGGAUGGUUUUGGGUUUUCGUGAUGAGUAAGUAGAUGUUUCAUAAUUAUUUUAGGUAUUAGAACAUGUUAAUUAGUAAAAUUUUAGGUUUAUUAGGUUUGUGAAAUUACAGCGAUGUGGUAUUAUCUUAUUUGUUAUUAUAGUAUUUGUUGAUAAUUUAUUUUCUUUGUUACUUGUAUAAUAAAUAAGUAUCUUAAAAUAUCGACAGUUCUAUAUAGUUAAGUGUAAUAAAUGUGAUUUAUACUUAUUUAUUUACAUGAUUCUCCAAACUAUAACGAUACAGGGCAAUAAGUCUUUUCUUAAUUGAAACUAAACAUGUCUAUUGUCUAAGUAUCGCUAAGUACGUGAAUGACAAAAAUGGACCAUACAAUCUGUAAGAUUUAAGAAUUAACUUGACUAUACCUUAAAACAAAAAUGUUUGGACAGUUACAUUUACUGGUAAGUAAAUUGUCCCAUACCAUUUGACUGUUUUUUUUUUAAAUCAUUAUACCAUACUUACUGUGCCAAUAUACUGCGAAUUGAAUGCAGCAUAACAAAUUGUUUUACUUUUUCAAAAAUGCGAAUUUGAAAGCAGUCCUCAGUGAUUAAUUUAUGUAAGUACCUUUGCAAGUACCUGAUAUGGUUUUAAAAAUGUAAAUGUAAAAAAAUAUAUGAAAUAAAUUGUAUAAGCUUAGGGUUUGAUUUUCCCAAUAUGACAUAAAUAUCUGUCUUCUGAAUUUUUUGUGACGAAUGCAUUCAUUUACAAGUUUUGAUAUAGAUAUUAAGGAGGAAGGAACGAAUUAAAGACCAUGCUAGUUACACACACCUAUUAUGUAAUGAAAUAUAAGGAAAAUCCUAGUAUUCGAAUGAAUUUUAUUUCUACUCCGUAAAUAUAGGUAUUGAGCCUAGUAAGUAUUUAAAUAAUAUUUUGAUCAAUCACUAUCAAAAAAUGUAAUCGAAAAGUCGGUAAGAUUAUUAAUUCUUUCCUACCUAAAAUUAUUAUAAUGCAUCCCACAUCGUGUCUUAAAUUUGACUUGAAUAAUUGUAGUGAUUUGAUUAAAAAAUAUAAUAACAAAUAUAAAUAAUUAUUCUUUAAUUAGAAACCUUUUUAAUGUUACCACAUUCUGUCCGUAGAAUAAUUUAAAUUAGUUUAUUUGUUCCUAAGGAAAGCCUAUGUAAAUAUUAUUUACCUAAUGUAGAUAUUGCACCUCUAUGAAAUAAAUAACCAUGCUUUAUGUAUUGUACCUAUGUGAUAAAAUAAAUAUGACUAAGUAACUUAUUUAUUUUUGUGGACCUUUAUAGGUAUUUAGUUGUGUCUUAAUGCUUAUUAUAUGAUAUUGUAUUUGUACUUACUGCAUUAAUGUGUAAUAAAUAUUUUCUACAGUGCAA